AUGUUAGGAGCGUCGAACUUGGUUAGUAUGGAAUUAAAAAGCAAUUUUCCAGAAGAUUUUAGAAACCUAUUGCGAAUGACUGAAUGCCAGUUUGAAUACCUCUUAUUGCGUGUUACAAAUAUUAUUGCAAAAUCUGACACUAACAUGAGACAAGCAAUUAAUGCAAAAACAAAAUUAGAUGUGACUUUACGGUAUUUAGCUACAAGUGAUUCCUUCAAAAGCUUAGAAUUUUUGUUCCGUGUUCCAAAAAACACAAUAAGUAAAUUUAUUCCAGAAACCUGUGAAGCAAUAUACAAUGAACUAGCAGAAUUCAUACAAGUAAGUACCUAA